AAUCAUUGAAUCCUCAUCCUUUCACAUGGCUUUUCCCCCUCAUGCUUUCAUGUUCCAACCCCAUGGAGAUCAUCACAAUGAUCACCUCCCUUCCCCUACUUCCCUCAAUUUCCUCCCUUCUUGUCCUCCUCAGCUUUUCCAUGGUGGUGGUCAUAGCGGCGGGGGAGGUGCACCGUUUAUGAUGAAGAGAUCAGUGUCAUUCUCGGGUGUGGACAAGUCGGAGGAAGGAGAUGAUGAAUUUUCCGAUGAUGGAUCACAUCUGGAGGAGAAGAAGAAGAGGCUGAACCUGGAACAAGUAAAGGCACUGGAGAAGAGUUUCGAGUUGGGCAACAAGCUUGAACCCGAGAGGAAAGUGCAGCUGGCUAAGGCCUUGGGGCUGCAACCGAGACAGAUUGCCAUUUGGUUCCAAAACAGGAGGGCUAGGUGGAAAACCAAGCAAUUGGAGAAAGAUUAUGAUGCCUUGAAGAAACAGUUUGAUGCUCUCAAGGCUGACAAUGAUGCCCUUCAAGCUCUAAACAAGAAACUUAAUGCUGAGUUGUUGGCUUUGAGAACCAAAUAUUCGAAUGAAAUCAUGAGCAUCAAGAAAGAAAACGAGGGUUCAUGGAGCCAUACCGGAAGCGAUAACAGUUGUGAUGUCAACUUGGAUAUCUCGAGAACGCCAUUGAUGAGCAGUAAGCAGCUUUUCCCAAGGCCAACAAGCAUGACUCACCUUCUCCAAGGCUCAUCAAGAGCAGACCUUCAAUGCCUAAAACUCGACCAAGUGGUUCAAGAGGAAAGCUUCUGCAAUAUGUUCAAUGGAGCCGAUGACCAGCAAGGGUUUUGGCCAUGGCCCGAGCACGAAAAUUUCCAUUGA